AUGGGGAUCGCGUCAUCCAUCCAAUUUCCGCCGCCAAAACCGGAGCAAGAGAAACCAGAAGAUUAUAGUGAUUGGCCAUAUUCGGUGAGAACCAACGGAGAUUUGUUGAUAAAGAAGAUCUAUGGCUUGUUCCCACCGAGAGAGGGAGAAGCAUCAACUGAUGAAGAAGCCGCAGAAGCUAGGUAUUGCGAGUUCAUGAGAGGAGGCGGUUGCAAAGAUGUUUUUAAUGCUCUGGAAGAUUGUGAAGGACCUCGUAGCGCUAAGUGUAAGGAGAUGGCCGGGAUGCUGUUCAAUUGUAUGUAUUCUCACUCUGAUUACUAUCAACCGGUUAUCGCUGUGUGGGAAACUUUUUACGAACAGUUAGCCAAGGACCUCGAGGUCUUUCAUGCGAAGAAACAAAGAGAGGAGAGCUUUGAGAAAGCUUAUCUCUUUAAGGGCUUUAAGAGAUUCUAAGGGUUUUUUUAGAGAAAAAUAUGUGUUUCAAUAGUAGCAUCUGCUUAAGAUUUAUACUAGAAUUUGUUUUCACUUCAAUUUGAUAAUGUUAUCAGCCCUCAUGGAUGGCCAUAUGAUAUUACUU